AAGCUGUAGCUAGCUAGUUACAACCCUUUUAUCUAUCUAUCCUUUUUAUCUCCAAACUCUCUCUGUCUUUAUAUCAAAAGUGCAUAACAUAACACACGCUUAAUUCACUUCUUUCUGCUAUGAAGAAGCUUUGUCCUAAUCUUGAUCGCGAGGAUGGGCUUGAAACGGUGCUUGAGGUGCCUAUUCCAGAGGAGAUUCUCACCCCCAAGAGUGGAACCACCAAAGCUUGGCACAACAUGAAGUCUUGGAUGAAGCCAAACGCUGAAUCGAGGUCAACAUCAGCAUCCAUGGCAUCGGUAUUCGGAGGGAAGAACACAGAGAUUCAGCUUUUGUUAGGUGUUGUUGGAGCGCCAUUAAUUCCUUCACCUAUCACCUCUGACAACCAACUCAUCACUCGCAGCAUUAAAGACCAACACAUUGAGGUUUCAAUGGCAAAAUAUAUAGUGAAACAGUAUGUAGCAGCAGUAGGAGGAGAACGUGCUUUGAAUUCUGUGGAUAGCAUGUAUGCUAUGGGGCAAGUUAAAAUGGCAACCACAGAGUUUUCAGGAGGGGAAGGGAGUGUGAAUAGUAAGAAGGUGAUGAAGGUGAAGAACUUGCAAAUGAAGGGAGAGAUGGGGGGUUUUGUGGUGUGGCAAAAGAAGCCAGAAUUGUGGUGCUUAGAGUUGGUGGUUUCUGGGUUCAAGAUCAGUGCUGGAAGUGAUGGUAAAGUGGCAUGGAGACAAACCCCUUGGCAUCAUUCUCAUGCUUCUCGCGGCCCACCUAGACCUCUCAGACGUUUCUUACAGGGUCUUGAUCCACGGUCCACAGCUAAUCUAUUCAGCAACUCUAUAUGCAUUGGAGAAAAAACAGUGAAUAACGAAGACUGUUUCAUAUUGAGACUCGAAGCGGAGUCAUCAACACUACGCGCAAGAAGCAACACAAACGUAGAAAUAGUUCGCCACACGGUGUGGGGCUAUUUCAGCCAAAGAACAGGAUUGUUGGUGCAACUAGAAGACUCUCACCUACUCAAACUCAAGUCUCAUGAAAGUGAAAGCAUAUAUUGGGAAACCAACAUGGAGUCUCUUAUACAAGACUAUAAAACCGUAGAUGGCAUUCAAAUAGCGCACUCUGGCAAAACUUGGGUGUCCUUGUUCAGGUUUGGUGAGGGUCCUGAGACACAUUCUAGGACAAGAAUGGAAGAGGUUUGGCAAGUUGAAGAAGUGGACUUUAACAUUAAAGGGUUGUCCAUAGAUUGCUUUUUACCUCCAAGUGAUUUGAGAAGAGAGCAUGAGAAAGAAGGGGAAGCAGAGUGUGGUGGGGUGGUUGCAAGCAAUAAUGCUAAGUUACCUUACAAGAUUCGUUCGGCUUCUUUUAGGAUUAGUGCUUCCAAAGUAGCAGCCCUGAACUUGGAUGAUUCAUGUACUAGCGAAAGCGAUGAAGAUUUGUAAAUCUUCGCUUUCUUUCCAUCAUUUUUGUAAAUAGUUAGUACAUGAUCGAGUUUGUAGUCGAGCUGUAAUUGUAAUAUUAACUUAUUUCCGAAUUUCUCACUUCUUUCUCGCUACAAACUACCAAGUAAUUUUGUCUACAAUAAGAUUACAUGUCAAAAUGACAUUUAACUUUGCUAUCUUGACAGUUUUUUAAUUCGUUGUUAUAUCUAC